GCAGACGUAGCCGUGUCUGCAAGGAGAGAAACAAACUGUGUUUCUGACGGAGUUUGUGUGGAGAAAAAGUUAAUGUCACUGUGUGAAAAAUGUCUAAAGUCCAAACGGUGAGAGCGCUGGUGGAGCAGCGACUGACUGCGGCUGCUGAAGAGAUAUUUGGGCUGUUUGAAAGAACGAUAGCAGAGUACGAGGAGGAACUUUGUCGUUCAAGAGAGAAGAACGAGCGACAACAGAAACUACUGGACGCUUUAGUGAAACCUCAGCUUCACUCUCAGGCAGCAGAAGUCCAGCAGCUGUUGGUGAAUACAGAAGAGGUUCCCUCCAGGCUGGACCAGGAGGACCCGGAGCCCCCACACAUUAAAGAGGAACAGGAGGAACUCUGGGUUAGUCGGGAGGGAGAGCAGCUUCAGGGGCUGGAGGAGGCUGAUAUCACCAAGUUCACAUUCACUCCUGUCCCUGUGAAGAGUGAAGAAGAUGAAGAGAAACCUCAGUCCUCACAGCUUCAUCAAACACAGACUGAACAGAUGGAAACAGAAGUUGGUGGAGAGGACUGUGGAGGACCAGAACCAGACGGGAAGUCAUCAGAUACUGAUGACAGUGUUGAUAGUGAUUUUUGGACAGAGAACAGGCAACGUCAGUCAGGUUUAAACUUACUGAUAAAAAAUAAAGUAUAUGACAGGAAUCCAAAGAGACAUUUCUAUACUAAUGAGAAAACUCGAGAUGCUUCUGAAGUAAAGACAGAGGACGGGGGUGAUUGGAAGGAGACCAGAGAACCUCAGUCAGGUUUAAACUCUAAGAAAAAUUACAAAGUUUCUGUCAAUGAGAAACCAUUAAGCUGCUCUGAGUGUGGGGAAAGAUUUGGCUGCAAGACAAAUUUGAAGGAACACAUGAGAGUCCACGCUGGAGAGAAACUAUUCAGGUGUUCAGUCUGUAAGAAAGCUUUUUCAAAGAGCGGAAGUUUACAGAGACACCUGAGAACCCACACAGGAGAGAAACCGUUCAGCUGCUCAGUCUGUAAGAAAUCUUUUGCAGAGAGCGGAAAUUUACAGUCACACAUGAAAAUCCACACGGGAGAGAAGCCUUAUAGCUGCCCGGUGUGUGGAAAACGUUUUACUGAAAGUGGAAAUCUGAAGACACACAUGAUCACGCACACGGGAGAGAAACCGUUCAGCUGCUCUGAGUGUGACAAAAGAUUUGGCCUCAAGGGUUCUCUGAAGGAACACAUGAGAACCCACACAGGAGAGAAACCUUUCAGCUGCUCAGUGUGUGGCAAGCGAUUUACUGAAAGUGGAAAUCUGAAGACACACAUGAGAACGCAUACCGGAGAGAAACCUUUUGGCUGCUCUGAGUGUGGGAAAAGAUUUGGCCUUAAAGGAACUCUGAAGGAACACAUGAGAACUCACACGGGGGAAAAAAGAUUCAGCUGCAGUGCUUGUGACGAAAGAUUCACUUGGCUUUAUCAGCUCAGAAACCAUCAGUGUGUUUGUCCUCAGUCGUCACAGCUUCAUCAGAGUCAAACUGAGGAGAACAGAGAGCCUCCAGCCAGCAGCUCAGCUACACAGAUGGAAACAGAAUAUGAAGUGAGUGAUGAGAAACCCUUCCGCCCAUCAGUCUAUCAGAUCCCUUUGGAAGACAGUGAAAACUUACAGACAGACAUGAAAAUUCAAAUGGGAGAGGAACCCUUCAGCUACUCGGAGUGUGAUGAAGCUUUCAGUGAGAGUGGAAAUCUUAAGGUGAAAAUUGAAACUGAAGCAGAAGAAGAGAGAUUCAGCUGCAGCACUUGUGACCAAAGAUUUACUUGCCGUUACGACCUUAAGAAUCAUCAGUGUGUCGAUCAUCAGUCCUCACAGUUUCAAACUCUGAGAACAGAGAAGAUCGAGGCAGAGUUUCCUGCCAGCAGCUCAACUGAACAGAUAGAAUCAGAUGCUGAAGUUGGUGACAGUGAUUCGAGAUGUAGUGCUGGUGAGAAACCAUAUAGCUGUUCUGAAUGCGGGAAACGAUUUGGCUACAAGGGAAAUCUGAAGGAACACAUGAGAAUCCAUAGAGGAGAGAAACCUUUCAGCUGCCCAGUCUGUGAGAAGUCUUUCACACAGAAUGGACAUUUAAAGAAACACAUGAGAACUCAUCCAGGAGCAAAACCCUUCACCUGCAGUGUCUGUGAAGAAAGAUACACUUGGAAUGAGCUUGUAAACCAUCGGUGUGUUGGUUCUCAGUCCGCACGGCUCCGUCAGAGUCAAACUGAGGAGAACAGAGAGGCAGAACCUCCAGCCAACGUCCAGCAGCUGUUGACGUCCAGCAGCUGUCGUUUCAUCAAACUGAGGAGAACAAAGAGGCAGAGCCUCCAGCCAGCAGCCCGCAUGAAGAGAUUCAAACAGAAGCUGAUGGAGAAGACUGUGGAAGACCAGAAAAAGUCAGGAACUCAGAUCCAGAUGGACCAGAUACUGAUUAGAAGACUGGGAAUUCUCCUGAACCUGAGACUGAUGACAGAACUUUGUCGUUCAAAAGAGAAGAACGAGCGACAACGGAAACUACUGGACGCUGUUUUCGACCCUCAGCUUCACUUAAACAGAGCAGACGUCCAGCAGCUGUUGGUGGUAAAAGAGAAGGUUCCCUCCGAGCAGCAGGAGAGGAGCUCCACGCUGGACCAGGACCAGGACCAGGACCAGGAGGAGCCAGAGCCCCCACACAUUAAAGAGGAACAGAAGGAACCUUGGACCAAUCAGGAGGGAGAGCAGUUUCAAGGGGUCACAUUCACUCCUGUCCAUGUGAAGAGUGAAGAAGAUGAAGAGAAACCUCAGUCCUCACAGCAAACACAAACGGAAAAGAUAAAAACAGAAGCUGAUGGAGAGGACUGUGGAGGACCAGAACCAGAUAGGAACUCUGAUCCAGGUCCACAUUUACAACCUGAUACUGACGACGAGCCUGCAGACUUUUCUGAACCUGAGACUGAUGACAGUGGUGAUUGGAAGGAGACCAGAGAACCUCAGUCAGGUUUGAACUGUUUGAAAAAAGAUGGUGGUCCUGUCAGAAAUUCCAGAUUUAGUGCUGGUGAGAAACGAUUUAGCUGCUCUGAAUGUGGGAAAAGAUUUAGCUCCAAAAACAAUCUGAAGAGUCACAUGGUUUCUCAUACAAAAGAGAAACCUUUCAGCUGCUCAGUGUGUGGUAAAGGUUUCGGUCGACGUGUAAAUCUAAGGGCACACAAAAUAAUUCACACAGGAGUGAAACCUUUCAGCUGCUCAGUUUGUCAGAAAUCUUUUUACCACACAAGAGAUUUAAAGAAUCACAUGAGACUCCACACAGGAGAGAAACCUUUCAACUGCUCAGUUUGUCAGAAAUCUUUUACCCGUAGGGGGGGUUUACGGCUACACAUGAGAGUCCACACAGGAGAGAACCCUUUCAGCUGCCCUUUUUGUCAGAAAUGUUUUAACAACACGGGAGGUUUAAACAAACACAUCAGAGUUCACACAGGAGAGAAACCUUUCAGCUGCUCAGUUUGUCAGAAAACUUUUACACAGAGUGGAAGUUUAAAGUCACACAUGAGAGUCCACACAGGAGAGAAACCUUUCAGCUGCCAUAUUUGUAGCAAAAGAUUUGCCUGGCUGUCACAUGUCAAAAGACAUAAAUGUGCUGGCCGCUCGUCCUCAAAGUUUCAUCAAACUGAGGAGAACAAAGAGGCAGAGCCUCCAGCCAGCAGCCCGCAUGAAGAGAUUCAAACAGAAGCUGAUGGAGAGGACUGUGGAAGACUAGAAGCAGCUAGGAACUCAGAUCCAGAUGGACCAGUGUUGGGAUCUUGCCACAUGUGAAUCUUGGGUUCAUUUGUGGACUUUAACUAAUGUGGACAGCAUUCUCAACUCACAAAAUUUGCAUUCCCCUCCAUUUUGGGCAUCUGACAAGGAACAUAAAGAUCUCUGUCCUCUGUUAGCACGUUCUGGUGACUUGUUUCUCAAUGAUUAUAUGCAAAUACUUUAGUUUGCUGUUCAGGUUAGGCUGAAGUAUUGUCAGUUUAACUUCUGUCUCACACUGAGAUGAUAAAUGAGUGAUACUUUUAUAGAGAACUUUAACUUUUCUGUUUGUGUUUAAUCUUGACCCACAGCUGCUUCAUUCAUUCCAUAUAUGUUCUCUUUUUCUCUACUCCUGAAAAAACAUGUAACACCACAGCAUGCCUCAACAUUUAUAACAUUUAGCAAUGCUGCCCAACCUCUGGAUCUCCCUCCUUCCAAACAUCCACAGCUUAGACUCACUCCACUGGUUUAAAAAAACAAGUCAACACCUUUUCAAGUCAACACCUGACUCCCACUGCCUGUUCAUGUCUGAAACUCUCACAAACUCUGAAUUCUGUUUUUCUUUUCUGCAUUUUUUAUUUGUAUUUAUUCAGGCAUGUAAAGCAUAUUAAAU